AUGGCACCAAUUGCUACUCAAUACCUCUUGGAUAGUCCCCCUUCUCAUACUAUCAACUCAAAAUUCAAAAUCGACGACACAUCAUCCCAUCACGAGGCAACAAUUAAACCUCCUUCUGCACCUUGCUUGAUUACAGACUUCAUUCACUACCAAGUGAAAAAGAACCCAGACGCUCCGGCUGUCCACUGCGAGUAUGAGCAGCCAUAUACCUACCACCAACUUUGGUCAAUAGCCCAGAGCAUUGCCUCUUGUGCAAAGAUACUGCCUGGAUCUAUUGUUCCAGUAUGUUUGGAUCCAACGGUUGAGUUCGUGGCCAGUCUGCUGGCAAUUAUGGUAUCUGGGGCAGCUUAUGUUGUCCUCGACCCAGAAGGUUCUGUUGAGCGGAACCGAGCCAUUGUGAAAGACACAGGCGCGAAUUUUGCUAUCACAAACGGCAAAUACUCCUCAUUCUUUGAGACUUCAGUCCGAGUGGAAGAUCUUCUUUCCUCUUCUGAAGCGCCCCAGGAAGAUCUCGGGUCUUCUAGUUCGAGCCCUUCAGAUCCCGCAUAUUUGAUUUACACAUCCGGUUCUACUGGAAAGCCUAAAGGAGUUCUUUUGAGCCACCGUGCCGCUUCUCAUGGCAUCAGUCAGUUCAGUCUGAAUGGACACAAGCGGUGGCUCCUUUUCUAUAACACGGUAUUCUCAGCAGCCCAGAGAACCGUUCUGGCUACCCUAGCCAAAGGUGCUUGCGUAUGCCUGGCACCCCGGAACCGCCUGGCCACCGCACUUCCUGAAGUGCUUUUCAAUCUCAAAGUCGAUGCCCUUGGUAUCACUCCUUCGGCUCUGGCCUUGCUCUCUCCGAGUGAGGUACCAGAGAGUCUGCGGCAAAUCACCACCGUCGGCGAACCUCUUAGCCAGACUCUGGUUGACUUGUGGGCUGAAAAUAUUGCCUUGCGUGUCUCAUAUGGUCUUAGUGAAUGUGCCCAGCUAAACUUCUCUCGACAAUUGAAACCUGGUGAUAAUCCUCGCAGCCCAGGAAUACCUCUGGAUACAACAACUGCUGUGAUCCUCGAACCUAACACGACCAGAGAGGUCUCCGUUAAUGAGCCUGGAGAGCUGUGUCUAUAUGGCCCUCAGAUUGCCAGCGGCUAUCACCAGCGUCGUGCAGAGACAAACAGGGCUUUUGUUAAAGCCACACUCGCAUCUGGUAUACUUUUCCGAACUGGUGAUCAGGCCGUCCGUCGCUCAGAUGGCAGCUUUGAGAUUCUCGGACGAAUUGACCAGCAAGUCAAAAUCAACGGCCAGAGAGUCGAGCCACAAGAUAUUGGAGUAAAUUUAUCGGCUCAAGAAAACGGACGUGAUGUUGUAUGUCUUGGUGCCAAAAUCAAGGGUCAGACUUCCUUAGUCGCGGCGGUGGUUUCAAACGAGGACGACUGGGGCGCCCUAGUCAACCGCUUGCGAAGUCAUGCGCAGCGCCUUUUCCCACCUUAUAUGGUUCCCCAAUACUGGCUCCGAUUGGAAGCUCUACCAACGAACCGAAAUGGCAAGGUUGACUUCCAAGCAAUCCGCUCAGUUGCCGAGUCGACAGCGAUCGACAGCCUGCUUGGCCGAGACCUAAACGAAAGUGCCAAAAGACACCACAUGAGCGAGAUUGCACUUGCAAUUUCUCAAGUCUGGGCUAAUGUCUUGAAGCUUGAUCACUCAGUGAUCCGCUCCAGCGACUCCUUCGUAAUCUUGGGUGGCAGCUCUCUCGAUGCGAUCCUUGCGAUUCGAGAAUUGCGAACUCGUGGUAUUCACCUGGAGCUUGCAGACAUGCUGAGAUCGCAAGCUCUAGAAGACGUUGCUGACUCUUCGCGUCUGGAAAUCAAAGAUAACGAGCGUCCUCUCCCGCGAGCCUUCGCUCUUAUCCCGGAGGAUGAUUUCAAACGUGACCUGCAAGCAGACCACGGUGUAUCAGAUGCACUGCCGGUCACGGCAUUACAAGAAGGUAUUCUUGCUAGCACUUUGCAGGGAAACCAAGACUACCUGUACCAGAGAGUCUUUGAUAUUCGCCAUCUUGAUCAUGUCAGACUCCAACUUGCUUUCCAAGUGGUAUUCUGGAAAAGCGAGGUAUUGCAAUCUAGCUUCGCUGUGGGUACUAAUGGAUUUGUUCAAAUUUUGCGUAAUGAUCUUCCGUUAAUCUGGGAGGAGUCAUCGGAUGGCCUCCACAAAUUCCUUGAAUCAGACAAGGAACGAGGUGUGACUCUCGGAGAGCCCUUCAUCAGAGUGACUGUUCUCAAUGGUUCUAUUCUGGUAGUAUCAGCACAUCACGCUCUGUUCGAUUUCUGGUCACAUUCAUUUGUCUUUGACGACGUUGCUCGUCUCUACUUCGGCAAGAGCCCUGAAGUUCGAACCCCAUGGAGGUCCUUUAUUGGCCUGGUGCAACAGCAGCUAGAUACAGGUUCAACAGAAUUUUGGAAAACUCAUCUUGCCGAAUCCGUUCCUACGAUUUUGAACCAUUCUCCUGUCCCAGAGUUCUUCAGCGCAAGUCGCAUAUUGCCCAUUCAACUGAAGUCAGCUGCUGCAGCCCUUCAAGUUCCAUCAAGCGCUAUCAUCUACGCUGCAUGGGCCUUAGUACUCUCAUCCCACACUGCAUCACACGUGGUCACCUUUGCGACUGCUAUUUCUGGUCGAGAGCUGCCUCUAGAAGGCAUCGAGACAGUGAACGGUCCAACUUUGGCUAUGGUACCCCAGACUGUAACUUUGGGGUCUAACGUACCCUUGACAGAUAUUGUGCAAUCUGUUAAUGCAAACCUCUGGGAUAUCAUCAAGCAUUCCCAGAUAGGGCUACGUGGAGCAUUUCACGCUGCUGGUCACUCAAACUCUACUUUCCUGGACACAAUGGUUAAUAUCUUAGUCAACCCCCAAGGCAAGAAUGAGUUGACUAGUGAGGUAUUCCAGGCGUAUGGAUCCCGCGGUGCCUGGCGGACUGAGUAUACUACUUUGAACAUCGAAGAGAGCCGGGAGGGCUUGGACAUUGCCCUUACGGGUCCAGUCGAGAAAUGUCGCCUCGAAUUUAUCUUGAAUCAGUUCUGCCAAGCAGUCACCAAAAUCAGCGAAAGUCCACAACUUCCAGCCAAGUCGCUCAGCCUCCUUGAUGCCACGGAGUUGGACUUUUUACUCGAGUGGAAUGAUGACCAGCCAGCUCCGACUACCCUACACGGAGAAUUUGAGUUGACAGCCCGAAGGCACUCGUCCCGAAUGGCCAUAAACUUCGAGAACAAGAAGCUCAUGACAUAUGCUGAGCUAGACGAUGAUGCUAAUCGAAUGGCAAACUUCCUCUCCGUCCAGGGCAUUGAGAAGGGUCAUGUAGUCCCUCUUCUUCUUGAGAAGUCUUCACUCAUGAUAAUUGCUAUCUUGGCCCUGUUCAAGCUCGGUGCCGCAUAUGUACCCCUGAGCCCGGAGAAUCCGGUCGAGCGAAAUGAAUUCAUUGUUCAUGAUGUUGGAGCCCGUGUGGUUCUUAGCGAAGAGGAGCACUCUUCGUUCUUCACUGCAGACGAUUUUUCUUCAGUUAUGAUUGACAAGACGCGCCUUUGUGCUUAUUCUAAAGAAAAACCCGACGUGCAGGUCGCGUCGACAGACCUUGCUUAUAUCCUAUAUACAUCCGGAAGUACUGGACAGCCCAAAGGUGUCGCCAUUCACCAUGGCGCUUGUGCCAGUGCCAUGAAGUCGAUUAUUGAAUUUGAAGGUAGACAAGACCAGCAGUUCAAUGCUUUGCAGUUUUCAAACUACGUUUUUGAUGUCUCGCUGUAUGACUUUUUCGUUACGUUAUUCAGCGGUGGAACGCUUUGCAUUGCUUCAUCCGAUCACUUGCUGGGCGACCUGGCAGGGGCCAUCAAUGAUAUGAACGUGAACCAUGUCUUCCUUACGCCUACCGUUGCUCGACUACUAAGUCCUAGAGACGUCCCCAACUUGCAAUCGAUGACUGUUGGAGGAGAGCAGUUGACUCGAGAUGUCAUUUCUACCUGGGCACCGGUAGUCACUUUGCGCAAUGGUUAUGGACCUACCGAGGCGUCUGUCCUGGUAACCAUGAAAGAUAUCCACCAGAAUACUCAAGGUGGUAACAUCGGAAAGCCGCUUGCUUCUGUUGGCGCGGUUAUCCUUGAGGCUGAUGGUGAUCAACCACUUGCUUAUGGAGCGAUUGGUGAGCUUUGCUUCUGGGGUCCUCAGUUAUCUGAUGGAUAUUUCAAGAAGCCCGAACUCACAGCUGGAGCUUUCUUCAAUUCAACUUUCGGCGCUGGUCGCCGACUCUACCGUAGUGGUGACUUGGCUCGUUAUCUCCCUGGUGGCGACAUCGAAUGCUUGGGUCGGAAAGACGACCAAGUCAAGGUCAAUGGCCACCGUAUUGAGCUUGGCGAGAUUGAGCAAGCUAUUCUUCGAUCAGGCGAAGCGACCGACUGUAUUCUGACCGUGUGGAAACAUAACAACACAGCGCAUUUGGUGGCAAGUGUGGUGUUCGAUACUGUUGAUCAAGACUUCGACUUUCUUUCGCCAAAUCACUUUUCUGAACAAGCUGAAAUUCUCAAGGCCAAGCUCAGUGGUCUCGCUCAUUAUAUGUUCCCCAAAUUCUUAAUUCCUCUUCCUUUCCUUCCACGGAUUGCCUCUGGAAAGGCAGACCGCAAGCAGCUGAAAGCUCGAGUUCUGGCUCUUAGCCAAAGCGAUCUCGCAAAAUAUUCCUUCGAUAAGAUCGGGGCUAAUGGCUCUGAAGAAAUUAUCCCAAUCUCCACUGUAUCUCAGAAGUCACUCCGAGACUCUUGGAUCGAAGUCUUGCAGCUUCCAGAUGACAACUUCGGCCUCGAGGCCAACUUUCUCAGCCUCGGUGGUGACUCUAUCUCUGCCAUCAACCUUGUCAGCCGCAUUCGACGCAAGGGAAUGAACAUCACGGUUCGUGAUGUCCUCAAAUACCCUUUACUUGGCCCUAUGUCGGAGCAUUUGGAGCAGGAAGACAAUGAGGCGUCGCUCGAAACUGUAACAUUCUCGGUUCCCACGGAGUUGCAGGAUGCCAUUGUGGCGAUCGAGCUCAAAAGCUCUCAGUAUGAAUACGUCUACCCCAGCCCUCCUGGACAAGCUGAGUUCCUCGGUCAAGGAGCUCGCAACGAUCAAUUCUGGAAUUUGAUGACCUCACGGUCUCUUGGAAUCAACCCCGACAUUGCUCAUUGGAUUGAACUCACGAAGCAGUUGACUGCGACGAACGAUAUUCUGCGCACAACCUUCACAACAAUUCAAGGCACUUGGUACGGUGUUGUUUUAAAUGACUCCACACCCAUUGUAGAGUUUCAUGAUAUCUCCAGCGAGUCUCAGAAAAGCCAGGUGCUACAAUCAAUCUGGGCCGAUCGAUUUGUAUUUGGGAAGCCCUUCAUUCGAUACGCAGUCUUCAGAUUCCCCAACGGCGAGCACCAUAUCGUGACGAAACUUGACCAUGGCCUGUACGACGGCACCCUCCUCCGAGUCUUUGACGCCCAUUUUCAAGCUUACCAGCGAGGCCAGGAAGUUGAAAAGUUCACUUCCUUCAAGGAAUUUACCUUCCAUAUCUGGAAGAUCAACCAGACGCGUCCAACUCUCGACUUCUGGACUCAACCAGAGAAGCGACCGAUAGAAUUCAAAAUCUCCGACGCGACGGCGCCACGAAUCAACGCAUCGGUCGUGCAAACCAUCCAACUCAACUUCGAAGCAUUCAGUCGCUCCAGUGGCGUGACGGUCUCCACGCUUUUCCAAUCCAUUUUCCAACUCUGGCUUUCUCGCCACAGUAGUAAGAACAGCAUCGCCUUCGACUAUCUGUACACCGGCCGGAAUGUCGAUCUCGAAGACCCCCAAAGCAUCAACGGAACCUGCGCGAAUUUCCUCCCCAUGCGCUCCGAAGUCGACUCGGAGGCUUCUAUGCAGGACUACUUGCUGAAGACUCAGGAUGAUUUCUGGCAAUACACGGAAAACUGCACCGUCGGCAUUGAGGAUAUAUGCCAGGCAAACGGCUUCGCUCGCGAAGAUGUAGCCAACCAGACCCUCUUUUUGUUCCAGCCCUUCGAGCCGGCGACGGGAACUGCUGCGACCGAGCUGCAGAAAUGGGUUGUGAUGGCGAAGUCCCAAGUCACCAUGCUUCAGCCUUAUGCGGUCGUCUUUGAAGUUAUCAAGACCGCGGAUAUGAAUGGGUAUAAGCUGAAACUUGCCUACGAUAGCUCUCUCUGGUCGAAAGAGCAGAUUGAGGCAGAAGUUGAGCUUGUCAAUUCAAUGCUCUCAAAUGCUGUUUCUGAUGCAACUAUCUCCACUGGAUCGGUUCUACGAUCACAAUGA